AUGAACCAAGAGACCAACACAGACGUGGUCACAGAAAUUCGAGGUGGAAAGCGGAGUGGAUGGGAUCACAAUGAUGAGUUUGCACACAUCGACCGCAGCAAACCGAAAUUCGGUCAAAUAUAUGAGCUUUUUAUUCAAUUUUGUGAAAACACCUCACUGCGAGGUGUACCGCGGAUCGUCCGUGCUUCUGAUCGCCGGAAACGCUUGCUUUGGUUAAACUUCGUCACCAUCUUCUUCAUUUCAUGCAUAGCCUGCUUGAUAAUGAUAACGAAUCAGUACCUACAGUAUGAUGUGAUUCAUCAAGCGAAGCGCAUUUUCGAUGCUCCUAGAGCAUUCCCCUCGCUCACCAUAUGCAAUUUGAGACCCUUUAAGUCGUCUGAUGUGGAUCGUCUAAUUCGCCAAGGUGCAGUUCCUGUACAGGCCUACUUUGAUGCCAUAAUGAGGGUGGCCUCAACUCUGGAAAAGCGCUAUGCCAGUCAAUUCACAACACUCCUUUCCCUCGAGUCCUAUCUCCUAAACCUGCCUGAGGGCAUGGAAUCAAGCAAUUUGGGUCACCGCCUCGAACAACUGGUGCAAACAUGCGUUGUCCUCUAUCAGAACGGUACGUCAAUCAGAGGCACCAACUGUCGCAAAGCGGGACAUUGGGUGAAGACGCUAGAUCGAAUUUAUCACAAUUGCUACACCUAUGAAGUGGAUCCCCAAAUUAGAGCCCAGACGCUGAGCGUGGAAAUGGUCCUCUACCUCGAUAACAUAGUUGAGCACACAAACUGCUUUGAUUGUCAGGUAAAAGACUGUUGCAAUCGCUAA